AUUAAAAAUACAUGUAGAACUAGUGUUUCUCUAAACGAAUUUAAAGUUUUAUUAUUCAAUCAUCAUCUAGAUACAUGCCACAACAAUGUCGUUCUCAACACAGGAUCAGAUAUUAUUAUUUUUCAUGGUUUUAAUAGAAUUAUGCCAAGGCAACAGUCCAACAGAGGCUAGAUCAUACUAUCGGGACCCUUUUGAAUCCAUGACAACGGAGCAAUGGCAGUCCACGACUGAGAACAAUCCAAAUGAGGUGACGACGUUUUUGGAGCUCAUUUUUGGGCUGGCGUUUGCUGCGUUUCUAAUAGCUGUUGUAAUUGUCAUCUGCAAAAAGCUGAUGAGAAAUCCAGAAAUACGAAGAAUGAUAGAUCAAUUUAAGACUGAAAUGGAAUUUACACCGGUUAAUACUACUGAGAGAUAUCCUCCAGUACCAGGGAACAGCGUUAAAGAACACAAUAAUCAUUUUCAAAUGCAAGGACAACAUAACUAUCCAACGGCCAUAAACCACUUAGAAAUGCACGGACACCAAAACUACCCAACGACCAUAAAUCACUUAGAAAUGCCAGGGCGACAAAACUAUCCAACAGGGAUCAACCAUGUUGAAAUGUCAGGGCGACAAAACUAUACAACACAAAUUAGCUAUGCUGAAAACCAAAGCCGACAGAACAUAAACACACCUUUUAAACAGGUCGAAAUUUCUAGUCAAAUUAACUGUUCAGCAACAAAAAACGAUGUUACAACUGCUGCCCGAAAUAAGGAUGUUGAAAUACCGGAUCAAAAGAAAGAAGUUGAAAUCCAGGUCCAAAACAACACUGUUGACCUUCAUAGCCGAGAUAAUGUUAUUACAUUUAAUGAAGAUUUGAAUGAGUCUGACCGAUACAAUGACAGGGAAAUCUCGGGCCGACGAAAAGUUUUAACACAAAACAGCGACGGUGAAAUACGCGGCCUGCACAAAGUAUCAACACAGAACAGCGACGGUGAAAUACCUGGUCGACACAAAAAAUCAACGCAGGUGGAAAUCGAAAUGUCAGAACUCUGAAACGGAUGUGCAUGUAGUGUUUCAAAGGUAUUACGAUUUGGGAAAUUAUUUUGUAAGUAAAGCUUGCAAAUUUUAAAUAUUAUUUUUAAUGUUCGGAAAUACUAGUGAAUAUUCAUUAAUGAAUUGAACGAUUCUUGACUUGAAAUUUAACUCAUUAAUGAAAAAAAUAUGAAGGGGAAUGUUUUUCGUUAUUCGAAAUAAUAUUUCGUUUUUACGAUUUAAUAUUUCGUAAUUAGGUAAAAAAAAUUGUGGAAAAUGUCACCUUAGGGGCUCCGUAGAUGAUCAUACAAUGUAUAACAUUCUCUAAAAUGAUUAUUUAUACGAUAUAAAGGUGAUAAACAUAAACAUUCUCUAAAAUCGUUAAUUAAAUAUAUUUGAUUCUGAGACAUAAUGUCUCUUUAAUCUAUUCCCUCGUAAACUAUAAAAAGUAGGGGCCAAUCAAAAAGGAGUCACUUUAAGAGGAAUAAGUGGCGCGUUGUAUUCACAUUCAAACGGUCUUUAAUUUUAGUCAAUAGAACAGUGUUACAUGUAGUUCCAUCUAGUAGUUUAAACGUCACUUGUUUUCAUAGAUCUUGUAGUUUAACCAUCAUGUGUUUCUACAUCUUCAGCUUAUAUAUCUAUGAAAAUUGUUCAUUCUCCUUUGCAAGUUUUAGAAUAUCAUGUAAUAAAAAACAUCCAAGAUUUAUUUCAUUAUAAGUAAAAGUCCCAUUUUAAAAACCUUGUUGUUUUCAAUUCAUGUAAAUAUUUGGGUUUUACUGUAUUGUUAUAUAUUAUGCUCUUCAAUUA